AUCUCGUAGAAAAUUUGGCUAACGCACAGACGUCGAGAUGGGUUGUACCAAGAUAUUUUUACGUAUAUCAGCCUAAUGAUUGCAAUUUUAAAAUUAAAGACACCGCCAACGAGUAUACACCGUAACACAAGUGCGUGCAUAGUGUUGACAGUGAAAGAGCAACAUAUUAUUUAAGAAAAAACAACAUUUUUAAAAUGUGGUGUAUUCGUAUGGCGUAAUACUCAGUCAAGGUCUUUUUUUAAACAAAUUAAUUAAGGAAAUGACUUUCGUAAAACAUAUACUAAAAAGAUAUUUAUCAAUAAGAAGUGUAUAAAACAAAAAAAUGGCUGUUACUAGUAGAAUGCUCUUUGCGUUACUAUUUUUACUUCAAAACAAAACAAACGGAUGCAAGAGUUUAGUAGACUCGAACUCGAACAUCGAAUACAAAGAAUUAUCUCGAUUACAGCCAACCCAGACUCCACACAAUAGAUUAGAUGUUAGUUUAACAAAAAAUGGUGCUGAAACAAUAAGAAAACAUGGCACUGAUUUAGAUAUAAAAUCAAUCAAACGUCCAAAUUUUAGCAAUAUAGAACAACAAAUAAAAGACAUAUUCGAAGAUUCUUAUUAUGAAUCCACCCAGCGACACAAAAGAAAAGCUCCAGACAGAAGCCUGUUCAGUCUUUCCAAAAGACUGAAUGAAGAGAAGAAGAAAGAAGAACUGAUGGCUGCGGAUGCCAAUCCGAGGCUAGAACCCAAUUAUACAGGAACACCAAAAAGAAUACAAGACGAUUCUCAUUUUGGUGGUAUUAACACCGAACAACUUUAUAACAAAAAGAAUGACAAAAUUCGGCUGUUGCAUCUGCAGCAUAAGGAGGAGAAGCAAAAGGAGGCUGAACCCUUAGAUACUGAUUGUGAUUUCGAAAGUAACUGUGCCUGGACAUGGAGAAAAGACAUAGCCAAUGGCUUUUUCGUUGCAUCGGGAGACAAGUUUGCCGAAAAUGACACCGGACCCAGGGUUGAUGCAAGUGCUAACAAAUUUGGAAACUUCUUACUACUGCGGUUAGCAUCAGCCGUUACAGAAUUUCACGUAACCAGUCCACUCUUUAGUCCAACAAGAAAUUCAUGCAGACUUCAAGUUUGGAUUUAUCAAGAAAAUAUGAACGACGCGGAAAUCCGUAUUGUGGGUGAUAAAACAAUUAAUCACUCGCAGUUCAUAAAUAAUCACACGCAAUGGGUUGUAGAAAAGAUAUUUGGAGAUAACAGCAGAAAGUGGACAAAAUACGAAUCUCCCAUCGGCAAGCUAUCGGAAAAUUUUACCAUAAUUUUGGAAGUUGUUCCGUCGCUGACAAUAACACAUGGAGCUACUGUAGCCUUUGACAAUAUAGCACUGACUCACUGUUACCCUAAGACAGACGAUACAUGUACUGCACAACAGUACCAUUGCAAAUCUACAACAAAUUGUAUCAAUAACACCAGUAUUUGUGAUAUAACAAAAGAUUGUCUACAUGGCGAUGACGAAAGUCAAAAUUGCGAUCGUAUGCCCUUUGGUGCUCGAUGCACUUUUGAAGAAGACUGGUGCGGAUGGUAUAAUGUGGAUGGGAAAAUAUUGGAAUGGUCUCGUCACAAUGGUUCAACCCCCACAAAUUUUACUGGACCAAAUUAUGAUCAUACUUACAAAAAUAGCACUGGAAAAUAUCUUUACGUGAACAUGCUUAAAGAGGACGCAAGCUUUGCAAGUUCUGCGACUCUUAAAAGCGUUAUCUUCAAUCCACCUCCACGAGUACAUGGAAAUUCAUCUUCGAGAUAUUAUAAUUCGUGUGCGAUCCGAUUUUAUCUCCAUCAGACGGGUAAACAUAAGAGUGGCAUACUUUUGCAAGUUACUGAAUUAAAACGUACUGAUAACUACUCAACUGAUAUUUUAUGGAGUUAUAUUAAUCAUGGUGAUCAGUGGAUUCGACAAGUUAUUAUUUUACCAAAUAUUACUCAUAGGUAUUUUAUAAAUUUUGAUGCUAAAAAAGGGUAUAGAUACAUCAGUGACAUCGCAAUUGAUGAUGUUUCAUUGAGCCCUGAGUGUUUCGGUCUAAACAUACCUCCGGAAGAGUUAAAUGGUUACAACUACUGGAAUCCAUUCAUCGGUGAAAACGUAACGGGAAGAGAACCACAUAAAAACUUUGUUAAUGAAACCAGUUAUCACAUUAUAACAUGUAAUGCAAAAGGUCGGUUCGGUCCUACUCAAAACCAGUGUGACAGGGCCUAUAACAACACCAAGGUAAAAGUCAAAGUUUUACACGAAACUGGACUAAGUGGUGUCCAGAAGUGGAUAACUCCAAGUGAUGGAUUUUAUACAUUCAUCUUACUUGGUGCUAGCGGUGGUAAAGGUAGUGGUGCUAUGGGUUCAUCAAGAGGUGCUAUGGUGAGAGUUGUCGUCGACUUGAGAAAAGGUCAAGAAAUCCACGUAUUAGUUGGACAAGAAGGAACAAACGCAUGCAUAAAGUCUUUGGGCCAUGAGGGUAACAGUUCAUCCUGCGUAAACAAUAACGACGUAACUAUCAAUGGAAUUCGUGCCAUUUUAAAGAUGGACAUUAAAGAUGGAGGAGGAGGAGGGGGUGGUGCUACCUACGUAUUUGUGCGUAACAAAGCUAAAAAAUCCAUACCAAUAGCGAUAGCUGCUGGCGGGGGCGGACUAGGUUUAGGACGGUUUUUCGACACCGGAAAACAACAUGGUCAAGCAAUUAACAUGUCAAAACCGCCAAUUACAGGAGUCAUGUAUGGAGAACAAUCUGCAGGCGCAGGUGGUGGUUGGGAAAUGUUUAAAGGCCUUGUGGAUGCUACUCAUAGGCAAAUGAUGGGACGUGCUUUGAAAGAUGGUGGUAUUGGUGGUAAAGCAUGUUACAAUUCUACAGAUAAUCGUGGUGAUGGAGGGUUUGGUGGUGGAGGUGGUGGAUGUAGAUCUGGUGGAGGUGGUGGUGGAUACGCCGGAGGCGACGCAUCUUCUGCAAAUACUACAAACGGUGAAGGAGGAUAUUCUUUCUUAGAUCCGACUCGCACAAUACCCAGCUUGUCCGAGGCACACUCUGGGUACAAUGUUGGUCCUGGUUCCGUUUUGAUAAUCCCUGCGAUACCCGGCUGUGACUGCAACUACCGAUGUGUAGCAUUGGAUUCUAGAAUGUCGCAAACUGCUUGUAUCUGUCCUAAAAAUUGGAAGCUAGAUGUUGAUGGUAAAACUUGCAUAACUGUUCCAGAAAAUGCGACAGGUGACUCGUAUCCCCCAUGGUUUGUGAUUAUACUAAUCGUUUCGGUGAUCUUCUUGACAACUUUAGUAGCUAUCAUUUGCUUCAUUUUAUAUAACAGAUACCAACAUCGCGCAUCCGGAAUUUUAGGGAGAAAGAUGCUAUCCGGAGCUGAUCUUCAACUUGAUCGACUUCGAGUGGCUUCUGACAGUAUGAUGACAGAAUAUAAUCCGAACUACGAAUUUGGAGGAGUUGUUUACACACUGAAAGACUUGAAGGACAUUCCAAGGGAGCAACUACGACUCGUCAAAGCUUUGGGACAAGGUGCCUUUGGAGAAGUGUAUCAAGGUUUUUAUCGACAACGGCCUUGCGAUACUGUUGAAAUGCCAGUAGCUGUCAAAACUCUUCCUGAAAUGUCGACGUCUCAGGCUGAAAUGGACUUCUUAAUGGAAGCUUUAAUUAUGUCAAAAUUUAAUCACCCCAAUAUCGUCCAUUUUAUAGGAGUUUGUUUCGACAAACAUCCAAGAUUUAUUGUGUUAGAAUUACUAGCUGGGGGAGAUUUGAAAAACUUUUUAAGAGAAUCCAGGCCGAAACCCGAACGAAGUAGUCCUCUUAGUAUGAAGGAUUUAGUGCUGAUAGCUGUUGACGUAGCAAAGGGAUGUAAAUAUUUAGAAGAUAACAGGUUUAUUCAUAGAGAUAUAGCAGCUCGAAAUUGUUUACUGACCACAAAAGGACCUGGUCGUGUGGUAAAAAUUGCAGAUUUUGGUAUGUCUAGAGAUGUCUAUAGAUCCGACUACUACAGAAAAGGUGGUAAAGCAAUGCUUCCUAUAAAAUGGAUGCCCCCAGAAGCUUUCUUGGAUGGAAUUUUCACUAGCAAAACUGAUGUUUGGUCGUUCGGAGUUCUUUUAUGGGAAAUUAUGUCCAUGGGUUAUAUGCCUUACACCGGCUGCGCGAACAGAGAAGUCAUGCAACUUGUGACAAGUGGAGGAAGACUAGAUCCUCCAGCUAAUUGUCCAGGACCAGUUUAUGGGAUUAUGACUCAAUGUUGGCAUCCGGCUCCUGAACAAAGGCCAACGUUUGCUACAAUUCUAGAAAGGCUCGGGUACUGUGUGCAAGAUCCGCAAGUGAUGAACGCCCCUCUGCCUGUGUUCCACAGGCCUCCCUCCAAUGAAAGGGACGUCACGGUGAUGCGACCUUUAAGUUCUGACGAGAACUGCCUACAAGUGGUACCUCAAUCUUCGGAUUACUUAAUACCAAAUCAUACGAAUGUUUCGAAUACGGUGGGAUCCACAUCGUCAGUUGAAAAAUUAUUGCCUGAAAAUUCGGACAGCUGGGAAACUUCAUUCAUAAUGCCACAGUCUAGAUCUACACAACCUCUUUUGUUAGAAUGCGAGCAGUCGAAAGAAGACGAAGGAACCAGUUCCAUGGAUAAGUUGGUAGCAAUCGAUGGGGCGGUGUCAAAAGUCUCGCCAGUUUCUUUGUCCAAUAAUAUGGUUGGUAACCACAACAAUAACGUGAAAGUAGACGUGAGCUCUCUGAAGUCUGGAAUCUCGUUAGAUGCAGGAGCUUUAGCGAAACAGUCCCUGACUCCCACUCAGAACAAAUACUCAAAUUUUAAAACAGGUGAUGCCGUGACUGGCAAUGGUGUUUUACAAAAUGGACCUGUUUCACAAAGUAGUUACCUUAAUGCAAAUGCAAGCAAAUAUUUAAAUGAAGCAGAAAUAAAUUGUUAAAUCAAGUUUGGAAACAGUGUGCAUUUUAUUGGAUCUGUUGGGAUUUGCAUAUCUACGAUUGGUGAUUAAUUUCAAGGUAUGUACGUACAAUACAAAAAUGUAUAUUUUUUAAAGAAUUGUACCUAUAAUUUGAAACAUGAAGAAUGCAAUCAUUUUAAGCUCAUAAAAAUUGGUUGUGCACUAGGAAAAAAUCCUUUUUACUAGUUUUUGUUAUACAUUUUCUAAAACUGCGUGUCACGGAAUUAUAACGGUGUGAAACAUUUAAUGUAACUACCGAGUUCUCUGUAUUGUGAUGUAUGAGAUUUUGUAUAAAAUUCGUUUGAUAAAUUUUGCUCAGUUAAAUAAGUAUUAUUAUCAAAUGAAAAUAUUUUACUGUAAACAGAGUAUAUUGUUAGAAUAAGUAGUAAUGAGUAUGUAUUGAUGCAGGAUAUUUGUUGAAAUGCCGCCUUUUUCGGAAAAUUUCAAAAUAUCCUGUAUUUUAAUGUUAUCACUAUAUUAACGUACUUAAGUAAUUAUUAUUUAAGUAUGAAUGAAAAUGUUGGGAUGAAUGUUUUGUUUAAAUAUUUUAUACAUGUGCAAUAGUAUUGGAAAAACUUUUUUUUAAUAAAAUGUUAUUACAUAAACUGGUUGCGAUAGACCACUAAAAAUAAUAUUUAGAUGCUAUUUGUAGAAUGUAAUUAUAGUAUUGAAGGCUUAUGUUCUGAAAAUUUUUUUGUGUAUUACUCAUUUGACACCAAUUUAUGUUUCAGUGUAAAAAUAGGAGUAGCUCAAUUUUUUAUGGAUUUUUACUUAAUCCUUGUCCACUUAUAUGAUAUAUGUAUAUUACAAAGGAUGUAUAUUUUGUUAAAAUUUUUUAUAAAUUACUUGGUACUUUCCCCGUUAUAAUAUUUUGUAGAACAUAACACAAAUGAAUAAAAAAAUAAUGCUUUAAGUAAUUUUAAGAGAUGUAAAUAAUGAAUGUAAUGGUAUCCCAAAAUGGAAUGUUCAUACUCUAGAGAUUUGGAGCGUUCGUUUCAGAAUUAAAUAGAUGUCCUGUAAUUUGUUGAGUUUAUUACUAAGCUUAAUGUAAAUAUUAAGCAUUUGUU